AUGGCAUUGGAGCUGCAACAGCUUAAGGAGAACACGAAGCGUGUAGACAACUUCAAGACUCCACCCCCGAAAGUGUCAGCACCAUCACCCGAAAAGGGAUCACCUACCCCAGUUUCCCAAACUGCUCAGGGAUCAAAGGGGGACCCGAAGGCCAAAAAGGUCAUUAUGCCCCCUGGUGACCGGCCACCGCCUGCAACUGAAGGCGCCAAACUCAACCGUUUGCGCCGCCUGUGCGAAGUGAAGCCGUCGGGAAAAUGCCAGGUUCCCGCUUCCGUUCACGAACGCUGGAAGCAUGGGUCUAAGGAGGACAAGGAAGCCAUGAUAGAAGAGCUGGAGAAAGUUAACUGGUCCAAGGACAUGUUCAUUUCCCGAAUUACCAAAGUGAUCUCUCAGAACAAGAAGCUGUCCCGGCGCAAAAAACGAGGGUGGUUUACAAAGGAAGAGAUGGCCAAGACUUUGGGUUGGAGCACGUCCUACAUCAAGUGUGCUGUCGAUUUCUGUGAAAAGACUGGGAACGACCGCCUGUGCAAGCGUGACCGGUACAACAAGAAGCUCAAGCGCUACUAUGUGGUUUACCAAGAGGAGGAGGAGGAUCUUUCUGAAGACGAAGAACAGCGCCGACACGAGACUGCGGAUGCCAAUGGCCAGGAGGUUGAGUUCUUGCGAAUUGGGAACCCCAGGGAUGAUGAUACUGAAGAGGAUGAUGAUGAUGACGAUGAAAAGGAGGCCAAUGCAAAGGUCGUCAACCAUGGGUCUGUGCAAGGCUUGGAGCAAGCCAUCGAGACCCUCGAUGCCCAGUUCCAGGCCUGUGAGUUGGUCAAGAUCGAUGUGGGAGGCUUGUCCAAUAAGAACCUCCCAGAGCCUGACCAAAAGGUACUGACCAGUUUUCUCCUGGCGUUUCACUGCGCAAUAUCAUGUUUCACAGUUCCUGUCUCUAGAUUUCACUCCUGGCACUCUGAGGCCUGCUGCAAACAUGUGGUGCAGAUCGCGAAGCAUGAGGUGGAUAGCAAUCCGCGUGCAUCCCAUGCGAUGCGGGAUUUCGCUUCCAUUAGGAUGAAAGGAGUCUUAGCCGAGUUUUGGGAACGAUACCGAGGGAUGGACCCAGGACACCCAGUUUUUUCGCUCGAGAGGGCUGGAGUUAUUUCAUGCGACCGUUUGAUCCCAUAUUACUCUCAUUCUGACGAGGGAAGGACUUUUCGUGAUGGGGCCCUGUGGGUGUUAAACACCCAUGGAGUGAUUGGUCGUGGGACGCUGGCUUUCUUGAAGAAGAAUAAGCACCGGGCCCCUGAACAGGAUGACAGAAACAAUCGUGUUGCACUGCCGUAUGAGGACGUGACUAUGCAGCCAAUUUGGGAGGACACCAUGGGCACAUCGUUGCCGUGGGAGGUCGCUCCUACCAUUUUGGCUGCUGCGACGAAGGCGGUCAACAUUGCCGUCACCUACCUCUAUGAGAAUGGGCUCUGGCUGCAAGCAUCAAAUGCUCGGCAGACCCACACCACGACCUCGAGCACCACGGCCACCACUGUGACUGCGACGCUGACGUCGACGCUGACGGCGACGUCCAAAACGGCGACGGUCACCGGCAGCACGGUGACGCACACGGCGACCACGAGCGUCACGAGGUCGACGGUCACGGGCACAACGACCGUCAGCACGGCAACGAUGACCACAGCAACAGAGACCACGGCAACGAUGACCACAGCAACAUGGACCACUGCUGCUGGCAGUGAGGGACCCUUUAGAAGGCUGGUGGUCCGUAUCAAAGUUACUGGCGUCAAAGAUGAGACGAGGUAUGUCACGGACAGUCGGGUCUCCACUGCCUAUAGGGAAGCCAUGGAGGAAGUCACCGGCUUGGGGAAGGAGAAGGUGGAUUUGCAGAUGGUGGUGACUGCCCCUGGCAAUCUCACUGUCAGCUACAUCCUGAACGUUCCCGAAGCCGAUGCAUCAUCCUCUAUGGAAAAGGUAAAGCAAAGCUUGAUGAAAGAGACAGCUUCGAGCUUCAGCGCGAAGUUACAGGAGCACAUCGAUGCCCUGGUGGGUCAUGGUCACUACACCCAGCAGGUCGUUUCGAUGGAGUCCGCGGAGGAUGGAGCCAUUGGCAUUUCUGCCACGGAAAUGCCACGAGUGAGCAUCUGGAUCGCAGCGAUGUUCGCGGUCACGGCAUGGCUCGGUGAGAUCUUUUGA